AGCAGCACCAUGGCCCAGGAGGCCCAGUGCCGGAUGGGAGCCCAACCGCGCGGCAGCCCACCCCCCCGCGGCUGGAGCCCAUGGAGCUCGGCAGGGCGUCCUCGGGGGUGGGGUCCGCCGACACGACGCUGGACGACAGUCCGAGCCUGUCGAGGCCGUCGCGGCCCUCUACGCGGUUCUCGUCUUUCGGGUUCGUGGACUUGCUGCCAGAUGGAAGUCCGCAGAGGCCUGCCUCACCAUGGGGCAGGGCCCUAUCUCCGAGGACAGGGAGCCUGGACGUGCCAGGGACCCGGCGGAGGUUCUCCACCACCUCGUCGGCGUCGUCGGACCCGCAGCUCCCCAGGCGUGCGAGCUACUGCAGCUGGUCGCCCUCCCUUCAGAGUGACCAGGGGCGAAAGACCAACCGAGAGAGUACCCGCGGCUCCGCGGAGAGGAUCUCUAGCUCGCGACUCUUCUCCAUCAGGCGGUCUGGCAUCCGGAACUCUGUCUCCGUGGACCAGUCGAUCGCCAGGCACAGCUUCACGCCGCCCGACCCGACCGGCGUGGCCGUCGCGCGAUCGAGGUACGCCAAGAUGCGAGUCCACUUCACGAACUUCUGCAAGGCGGUCAUCGAUAACAAGGUGGUCACUGGCUUCAUGACGGCGCUGACCCUGUAUGUGCUGGUGGGCGAUGACAUCAGGCUCAGCGCCUUCGAUGCCAGCGCCGACAACGUCUUUGACUGGAUCACCAUCGUCUCCUUCUGCCUCUUCUCCGCCGAGCUGGGGCUGCAGACUGUCGCAAAGGACGGCUAUUUUCUGGGCUUCUGGUUCUGGGCCGACCUCUGUGCCUCCGCGUCGCUCAUCCUUGACUUGAAGGUCGUGGCGGACGCGAUGAUGGACAACCCGACCAUCACAGUAGAGCACGCCAGCGCGGGCGGGAAUGCGGCCAGCGCGGAUCAGACGGAGUACGCCCGCGCGAGCCGCUCCAGCCGCCUGGGCACGCGCGUCGCGCGGCUGCUGCGCGUGGUUCGCCUGGUGCGCAUGAGCCGCGUCAUCCGAUGCUUCCAGAGCUUCGUCACGAACCGGACGGAUUCCAGCGAAGUUGCGCCGGGCGAGCCUGCCUAUCUCAGGGAGGGAGAGGCCGAGUCGCGAGUCGGGAGGAAGCUGUCCGAGCGCACGACCACGCGCGUCAUCGUGCUUGUGCUCGUGAUGCUCGUCGUGGUGCCUCAGCUGCAGCAGUCGGAGUUCACCGUGAUGAUGGACCCGGGGGCACAGUACGGUGCCAACGUGCUGCUGGAGGCUUGGCGCCAGUACGAGCUCACGGCCCUGGAGAGCCCUCAGGCGGCCGCUCUCCUCGACCAGAAGCGCUGGGAGUGGGAGCUGGAGAUGCUGACCUACAUCUACUACCACAACUGGCAUGCUGAAGCGUGCCCCACCAGCAACUGUGCCUCCGAGUGGCUGGACAAGCUCUGUUGGGUCGGGUUCGUGCACCGAAGCGACGCGGUCCUGGACGCGGUGGACGUCACCUCGCAAGCCUACAUCAAGGCGAUCGCUGAGAGCGGCACCGAGUGGGACACGCUGUUGGCGGACGGCGACCCUCACAGGCGGAUGGGCUAUGCUGUAGGGAGCCUCCCAGAGAACGUCAAGGCAGCGCUGUCGAGGCCGUGGGACGCGCCGUGUGACGAGGCAGGCUCCUCGUCCAGGAUCCAGGGAGUGUCCCUGAUCCCCGGCCUGCCGUGCCCCCGGCAGGAGCUGCGAAAGCAGGAGACCGUCUGGUACGUGCCGCAGGUUUACGACAAGGCCUUCUUCGUGAACCACAUGGAGGCGCAGUUCGUUCUGGUGUACGACCUCAGGGACUACGUUAGGGCGGAGGCCAACUUCAACAUACUGCAGACCGCCUUCGUCGUGCUGGUGCUCGGGAUUGCCGCCCUGCUCUUCAGCAGGGACGUCGACAGGCUCGUGCUGCACCCGAUCGAGAAGAUGAUCCGCAAGGUGGAGAUAAUCCGGAAGGACUGGACCCGUUGUACGCCAUCAAGCUCGGCGACCUCGAGCCCAGCGAGCGCGACGUGGAUAAUGGCACGAGGAUCGGGACGCUCUCGCUGCUCUCGCUCGUCGGCUGGCCGCGGUGGCGUCGGUUGCCUGGCUGGCCUCUGUCAAGACGCGCGGACGAUGAGGGGACGCCAAAGUCGCGAAGGUCGAAGACCUCAGCGUCUUCCAGGCAUGCGGCAGGAUGGAGGGAAAUUGCGCCAAGGAUGAUGAGAAGAGGGGGCUGCUGCUUAUUAAUGUCAGCAGCGGCGGCAGUGAGCAGCGGCAAAAACAGUGGCGGAGCCUUUUCUCUGGGAACGCGAAGCCGCUCUCCCACCAGUUUCUCUUAGACUUUUGUACAAAGGCUUCAGCCUUAGGAGUGACUCGAGACAUUAAUGCUUGCUCGGAAUCUCCUUCCUUCUACCUCAUUUCUCUU